AGGAAGCAAACGGGAGGGGGAUGUGGUACUGCUGCGGCCGCCACCGCAGCUGCCGCUGCCUGCUCGUGGCCGCGUCUUCCCGGAGGCGGCUACUGGAAGCGGCCGAGAGCAGCUGUGGUGCUCUGCCAUAUUGUGUCUUCCCCUACCCAUCCCUCGCCCCUCCGCUGCGGCGGCCGAGCUGACGGUUUCUGAAACUUUGCUCCUUUCAAAAUAGCUUUUCAAGUACAGUUACAGUACUAUCGAAAAACUGAAGUGCUGGUUGGCUUCCUGGUUACAAUAUGGUGAUAAUACUUCUCAUUCUACAUGGUAAAGCGACAUGGCGAACUAAGCACCUGGACCAGCCUUUCUGCUGAAAACAACCUAAAAUGCUGGAUCAAAUGCAUUAGUGCUCAGGCACAAAAGUAAAGACUAUUUAAACCGAACAUGAAUUGGAAACCCAGUGAGAACUGUAAGAGUAAAUGGGUCCAGUAAUUGGAAUGACUCCAGAAAAGAGAGCUGAAACUCCAGGAGCUGAAAAGGUUGCAGGAUUAAGCCAGAUUUACAAAAUGGGAAGCUUGCCUGAAGCUGUUGAUGCUGCCAGGCCAAAGGCUACUCUAGUGGACAAUGAGUCAGCAGAUGAUGAACUCACAAACUUGAACUGGCUUCACGAAAGUACUAAUCUCCUAACAAACUUCAGCUUUGGAAGCGAAGGUCUUCCAAUUGUUAGUCCAUUGUAUGACAUAGAAGGAGAUGAUGUGCCAUCCUUUGGACCAUCGUGCUAUCAGAACCAAGAAAAAAAAUCAGCAACUUCAAAGCCCCCAUACUCCUUUAGUCUUCUCAUUUAUAUGGCUAUUGAACACUCUCCAAAUAAGUGUUUGCCAGUCAAAGAAAUUUAUAGCUGGAUUCUGAACCGCUUCCCAUAUUUUGCAACUGCACCAACUGGCUGGAAGAAUUCUGUUCGACAUAAUCUUUCCCUGAAUAAAUGUUUUCAGAAAGUGGAAAGAAGCCAUGGCAAGGUUAAUGGAAAAGGUUCCUUAUGGUGUGUUGAUCCAGAAUAUAAACCCAACCUUAUGCAGGCACUGAAGAAGCAACCUUUCUCCUCAAAGUCCACAUUUUACAGCCCUCCUGCAUCACCACAAAGUGCUUCUUUAUCACCUCACUACUUAAGCUCUGUAUUCAAGCAGAACCAGGUGCGAACUCUCAAAGAAUCUGAUAUUGAUGCUGCCACUGCAAUGAUGCUUUUAAAUACUUCUAUAGAACAAGGAAUUUUGGAAUGUGAGAAGCCUCUGCCUCUUAAAACAACAAUGCAAAAAAAGAGGAGUUAUAGCAGUGCAUUUAAUCAUUCCAGUGCUAUGCGAUUACAUGAGAGUGAUUCUUUAGCCACCAGCACUGAUCCAAAAGAAGACCACAACUACAGUGCAAGUAGCCUGGCAGCACAGCGCUGUGCGUCCAGGUCUAGUGUGUCUUCUCUGUCUUCUGUGGAUGAGGUGUAUGAAUUCAUCCCAAAGAGUAGCCACGUAGGAAGUGAUGGCAGUGAAGGAUUUCGCAGUGAAGAAGACACAGACGUUGAUUAUGAAGAUGAUCCACUUGGAGACAGUGGCUAUGCAUCGCAGGCUUGUGCAGAUACCACUGAAAAGGGGCAGCCAGACAAAAAGAUGCGAAAACAGGCAUGUCAAGAAAUUGAUGAGGAGCUCAAAGAGGCAGCUGGAUCUCUGCUCCACCUUGCUGGUAUUCGUACAUGUCUAGGUUCCCUAAUAAGUACUGCCAAGACACAGAAUCAAAAGCAGCGGAAAAAAUAGAAAUACUUACUAGUGUGAAAUUGUUUUUAAAUGUGGCAAUACUCUUCUACUUAAUUCUUUACAAGGGAUAUCAAAGCCAUAAUGGACUACUUUUGUUUUAGGGUGGGGGAGGGGUGCUAAUUACUUGUUUAUUUCAAAAUAUUUUUGGUUUUUGAAAUUUUAUUAAAUAAUUGCUGUUAGGAUCAUGCCCAAUCAUCAAUAUGAUGUGAAAUCCUAAAAGCAUAAUUUUUGUGAUAAGUGUCUCCAAGAUUGGAAAUUUUAUGUUAAAAAAAAAAAAAGUCCCAAGCCUCUGUCUUAAAUUUGUAGGGAAGUCUUUUGUUCUGUUGAUAUGUCCAAGUGUAAGAACUGGCAACUCUUAACUUUUUUUUCAUUUUCUUUUCCUAUCUGUAAUUAACUAUAGUUGCUGAUCCAGCUAGAAAUUUUGCUGCUUUCUUUCUCCCAUACUCUGCUCUUGACACAUGUAAUCCAGUAGGAUGAUAUUUGAAUAUUUUAUUUUGUCUUAAUUUUUGUUUUUAAUUAUUUUUUGUUGACACAUGAACAAAGUUGAAUGUAAGUUGGAAAAGAUCCUAAAUGUCCAGAAAGUUCCUUUUGCAUACAUCAGCAAAGAGAUAGCAAAAAGUUCUAAGAUUUAGAAAAGGCAAUUUUGUGAUGUAAUUUCAUCUAAGAACUUCAAUUCCUGUUAGAAUAUUAUUUUUUCAAAUUUUUUAACUUUCCAGAUAUUCCAUAGUGUUGAUUGGAGCCAUUUAUUCUUUCCCAAAGCGCUUUGCAACCGUUAUUUUGAUUUUGCCACUAGCUGUCUUUGUUGAGGAGAAAGUAUCCAAUGAAAGGAUAUAGCCAUGGAGUCCCAUUUAGGCACUUUUGCAAAAAGAGGAUCUUUCAUUGGCUUGUUAAAUGUACUGCAUUCUGAAAAUUACACAAAUGGAGUGUAAUCUAAUAUAAACAUUUGAAUAUGUGCUAUUUAUGUCAUCAUAAAUAAAGGUAGAUCAUUUAGGAAAAGAAUUCUAUUCAAGCUUUGUAUGAAUUAAAGUUGUAUGUGCACCCAGUUUAGUUAAAGGAUUUAACAAAACUGUAGAGAUAAAAUGCCUUACAUCCUUUUAAGGAGGCAGUGUAAUUACGUGCCAUUAAACCCAUCUUAAAAGAUUUUGUUACUCUUCCAAAUGUGUAUUGACCAAGGCCUUUUUCAGUAUUUGAACAAAUCGUAUAUGAUACACAUUUUUUCAUAUCAUUUGUAUAGCUUGACUGUAUCAUUCAAAAUGGACAAAGGAUACUAAUAAAGCUAAACUUAUUCAUAAUGUAUUUUUGUACAGUGGCAAAAGCAGCUUGCUGAAAGUUCAGUCUUAUCUCAUGCUACAUCCUGUUUCAUAGACAAUGACUUUGUUUUUAUUUUCUGAUAAUUUCAUAUAUAUAUAUACAUACAUACACACAUAAGCUUGUGAUUUUGGUUUGUUACUUUCGGCUGUUUCUAUGACGAUAAAGCAUUUUUUUUUUAAGACAUAUUUUUCUUUUAACUUGUAAUUUGAGCAAAACUGUCAAAUGAGAAGCAUAAUGAAAAUGUCUUUUUCAGUUGGCAAGACGUUAAGCCAGGGAUAACAACUUUGUCCUGUUUCCAUGUUAACUGUAGUUGAACCUGGAUUAGUCACAUUAAUAGAAUUGCUGCUGUUGAAAAUAAUAAUCUUUCAAUUUGUUGAUAAUAAGUGUGCAGGAUGAGGUAUUGAAUUUUUUGUUCUUCAUAUAUAUCACAUCUGCUGCAGAAAAUUGCUAACCGAAGUUAACAUCUUUUACUCUGCACAGUGAAUAUAAUACCAAAAGUUGUUAAAUUGUUUUUAUCACAGUAUAAAUAGUACACGGGGCUUCCCUGGUGGCUCAGUGGUUUAAGUAAAGAAUCUGCCUUCAAUGCAGGAGGCCCAGCUUCACUCCUGGGGAAGAUCCUCUGGAGAAGGGAAUGACUACCCACUCCAUUAUUUUUGUCUGGAUAGUUCUAUGGACAGAAGAGCCUGGUGGGCUACCGCCCAUGGGGUUGCAGAGUCGAAUACAGCUGAGAGACUGGCACACAGACACACACAAACACAAAUAGUACACAGAUUAUAAAAGUCAUUUUAAUAACAAAAUAUUUUUAAGCUGUUUACUGUGGUCCUCUGGAUAGACCUUAUUAACAGUGUUUUAAUGAUCUGGUUCCACUUUCUUUUGUUAACUGAAAUUCUGUACUACAAAUGUUUUCUCUCUGAUUCUUGUCCAUUAGAUCAUUAGUCUUUGUAAGUAAAGGAAAAUGAUCAAGAUAAUAAGGAAGGGAGAAAGUCAUUCCCGGUUCAAAUAAAGAUCUUUAAAGUUAUUUUUGUCUUAAUAUAAAUAGCAAUAACUUUUAAACUUGAUUUUCCUUCCCGCUAAAUGUGCUCUUACCACAAAUUUAAAAGUUAAAAGUUAUGUUCAUUACUAGCAAAGUCAAUAAACUUUCACACUAAAUGCUAACAGGAAAAAGUUACAGGAUGCUUUAUUGAAUUCUUACAUAGAAUUCAUUGUAUCACUUUCCAUGUUCUGAUUUACCAAGGCAGUUAUUUUUAAGGGGAAGAACCUUUUUAAUUACCAUCCCCCCUUUAUUACUUCCAUAGACAUAAUCCCAUUCCUCAGGUGUAUUGAGACAAAAACAUGCUAAUAACCACCCAAUUAAGGGAAAUCAUUUCUAGUCCUAUGGACUGGAAAUUUUAUUUCUAAGAAUAUAUUACUAGCAAAUCUUACUGUAAUAAAAAACAACUUGGAAAUCCUGAAAAGGUUCAGUCUUUUAAAAUUGUGACUUAAGCUAAUGUAUAAUUUGCCUCGCAUCAAUAUAAAUUGUUACAGCCAAUCUCAGUUUAUGAUAGAUUCCUAGUAGAAGUUUUAACAAUUAAUCUUCAUCUUUCACAUCCUAAAUAGAAUCAGUGUUUCAUGAAUAUAUAUUUUUGAAAUUUAUUUGUGCAAUAUAUAACUCAAUUAGUUCAUGUUUUAUUUUACUUUUCAAAUUCAGAGAAAGAAAACAUUAUGGAAAAUGAAUUGAUGGAUCACCUCCUUUUUUCCACCUUUGAGCCUUUCCUAUCCUCCUUAUAACCAGCAUGGCUUCUCUUAAUUUUGAUUCCUUUGUAUAUAGUAAAGUUUGGAAUAUACAUAUUUUUUUCUUUUCCUACUCUCUGAGGCAUUGUGUAAAGGGUCAUACUAGGUGGUCAGUUAAAUAUAUGUUAGCAUGAAUUCAAAGCUAGAGAAAGUGUUGAGGGUGUGUGUGUGUGUGUGUGUGUGUGUGUAUGUAUCUUGGUAGACCAGGAGGGGGUGUGUGUGUGUGUGUGUGUGUGUGUGUGUGUAUCUUGGUAGACCAGGAGGGGUAGGUGGGUGUGUGUGGGUGUGUGUGUGUGGGUGUGUGUGUGUGUGUAUCUUGGUAGACCAGGAGGCCUUUCUCAGCAGUUUAAACAAUGGUUGUGAAUACUUCACAAAGCUGUAAAGACUAUCGUCUUAAAUACUACAGUAGCUUAACAACCUUUUGUGAAGACCAUAGCAUUUAAUUAAGAAACUUUGAGGCUUUCUGGUUUACAUAUAUAUAUUUUACAGUUUUUUUUUGUUUGAAAUGUUAUAUAAGCUUUGAUUUAAACAGAAUUUGCUUCAAUACGUUAAGAUGUAGUCAAAAUAUUUAUUUUCUGAAAAACAAAGUAUUUUAAUGUUAUACCUGCCAUUUUUUCUUAAAGCACAUUUUUUUUUUUUUUGCAUCUGACUGCCAGUGCCAUUGUCAAAAUUGUUGUACAUUUCUUAUUAAGUGCUUAAUUUUAAAGUAUUAUGUUGCCAUUAAAUAGUGUAUAAAAAUGUGUAAUUGCCAAUUCAUUGUAACUAUUAUUUAUUUUUAAGUGAAAAUUAAGAAUGGUUUCUGAUUUAAGAAAUUUGAGUUAUUAAAUUGUGUCCUUAUCCAUUUUUCUAAUGUAGCAUAAAAAUUACCCUGAGUUUGAGUUAUAACUGCCAGUAAGUAGAUGACCAGUCCAAGUGAACCACUUCUUAGUUGCCAGUCUUUGCUCAUAUUAAAAACAACUUAACAAAUGUUUAGUUUUUGUAUCUAAUCUCUGAUUAUUAAAUUGUUUAUAAAGUUUAUUUUUACCAAAGAGAUGCAAUUCACUAUGAUAAAGUAUUACAGAAUAAAUGUUGUUUUAUAACA